CAAAGAAAAUGCCAAAGGUUAAAACUAACCGAGUCAAGUACCCAGAAGGAUGGGAGUUGAUUGAGCCUACUCUCCGAGAGCUAGACGCCAAGAUGAGAGAAGCUGAGACAGAUUCACAUGAUGGCAAGAGAAAGUGUGAAACUUUAUGGCCAAUCUUCAAAGUCUCUCAUCAGAGGAGUCGUUAUGUGUAUGACCUUUAUUACCGACGGGAAGAAAUAUCUAAAGAGCUCUAUGAGUUCUGCUUGGACCAGGGCUAUGCAGAUCGCAGUCUCAUUGCCAAAUGGAAAAAGUCGGGAUAUGAACGUUUAUGCUGCUUGCGCUGCAUACAGCCUAGAGACCACAACUAUGGAACAACAUGUGUAUGUCGUGUUCCCAAACACUUGCGUGAAGAGAAAGUGGUCGAAUGCGUUCACUGCGGGUGUCAAGGAUGCGCUAGUGGCGAUUAAAUUCCACACAGCUUUAUUCGCAAUCCCUGACUGUUUGUUACAAUCUUGUCACUUGUUAAAUCGGGAUUAUGUAUUCUAAAAGGCUAAAACCCUAACUAAAAAAACCCUUGCAAAACCUCUCUACUUAUCAAGUAUCAACUCCUAGUGGUGUUGCAAAUAAAAGGAUGUUACGGUU